CGCCUUAAGGGCUGCGUGGGCGGGUUGUGGCCAUGGCGGUGGGAGCAGCGUGAAGUUACGGUCGCGGCGCAGUUGCAGAUGCAGGCCGGGACGUCUGCCUGAGCACCUCGGAAUGUACAAGGAACUGUCGUCGGGUGGAGUAGGGACGCCUGUGGACAGGCACUGUGAAUUAAUGGUGACUCACGAAGAGCCAGACCUACCCACAUGUCUUGAAGAAAAACAUUCAUUAGGUGAAUCCAGCACCUCCUGUAAAGAAGAACUUAAAACUAAUGACAUGGAUAUGUCUGAAGUUUCUGAAGUCAUGACAAAAGCUGACAUCAAACCAAAAUCUAUGCAUCGUGCCAAAACAUGGUCAGAUAAUGUAGAGAACUUAUACAGAUUUCAGCAAGCUGGAUACAGAGAUGAGGUGGAAUAUAAACAAGUGAAACAAGUUGAUGAGGUAGAGUGCUGGCCAGAAACUGGAUUUGUUAAGAAACUUCAGAGAAGGGACAAUACAUUCUAUUAUUACAAUAGGCAAAGAGAAUGUGAAGACAAAGAUGUCCAUAAAGUGAAAAUUUAUGUGUAUUAGUAUUGUUACUGUUCUAGUUGGUUUGUUUUCAUAUAUUGUUUCUUAAGACCUGUAAGUAAAUUAAUUGUGUAGUCUGGCUUACCUUAAGUAUCGAUGUGAUUCUUAGAUAGAAAAGGAACUGCUGAAGAAACCUGAGCUAUAGACAUAGAAACUUCACUUUUUCCUUCCUACAACCAAAAGUCUUAUUAUUCCUCAUUUUCCUGGUUCGGCUUCAACAUAAAGCUGAAAAGCUGGUAAAUGGACAUCAUACAUUUCAGUUAAAUGCAUAACAUCCAUUGUAAAUACAGGCAUCAAUCUUUAUUCCAAACAAUACAAUCUUGUUGACACUGGUUAAUGUCAGCCACAGUCUCUCAGUGUAGCUAAGGGGUAUGAGACUCCAAAGGGCCAAAGUGAGGCCAGAGCACUGACUAACAUUUCCUUGGAGCAGAGUAAGAAAAACAAGCAAAGAAUCUAAGUGAAGGACGCUGAACAAUCAAGUAACAACGGCUAGUGCUAAGCUACAGAUAUAAGGAUAGGUUAUUGUGGUAGAAACAGUCACAACAGAAAUGUCUUUCUGUCUAUCCCUAAAGUAUUUUUGACAGGUGCCAGUGUUAAUUACUCAAAGAGGAAAUAUUGACUUAGUAGCAUAUGCCUUCUUGCAGGGGUGGACUGUUGGGAACAUGGAGUAUAAAACUCCAGGGAGAACAUGAAAUCCACGCUCGAUAAUAUUUAGGGGGAAGAGCAAAAUUCAUUUCAUCUAACUUCAAAUAUCACAUUAUCAACAUCCACACCUGAUCCUGAUCCUGUAGUUUGGACAGCCUUUAUUCUGAAUAGAGAGAAGCUCUUGUGGGCACCAUUAAUUUCUUUUAAGGGCAGCUAUGUAACAUUUUCUUUGAAUGUGAAAUCAGCUCUGCAGCAACUGGCCAUACCUGGGCUACUGAGACACGCAAUGAAGAUGAGGGACUGUACUUACCUUCACUUAUGAAGGGAUUUAAUUAAAAUACUUUGAGAUGCCAAAACCCUUGAUAAUUGAUCAGUAGAGAAGAUUGUUGUUAUGUAAACCAGUAGGUGUGUUUGUGAUAGUUACAUAAAAAUUCAUUUUAAUAUUUCCUAUCUCUAGACUGUUGAACAAGGGUAUCUAAACUUAGUUUUGGGCAUUAAUUAGCAGUGUAUAUUUGACCACCUAUCUUAUGAAUAUUCUUAAUUUAUUUGAACCUAAGAUGGAGGCAGACUCAAGAAAUAGAGGACUUACAGCUCCUAAGCAAAAUAAGUAGUAUGGGUGCAAUAUUUAAAAGACCUCAUUGACUAUGACUGGUGAUGAUCUCAUCUUAUUUAGACUACUUGGGAAGUUUUAACUUAGAUUUAUAUGACCUCUGUUAAAGAAAUGACUGAAAGAUACUCUGAAGCAACUAUGAAACCUAUAUUUCUGGAAGGUAUUAAUGGCAUAUAAAGAGAGAAUUACUGCAAUGUUGAGAAAUAAAGCAUGGCUACAAUGAAUGUCA